AUGGAUGAAGUUGAAAGUAGAGUGGAUAUGCUAUUCGAUUCCUUUGAUACUGCACCUUCGAAUGCUUGGUCUUCUCAAAGCCAUUACAGUAGUUUAAUAGAUGUGUUUGGUAGAAAGGCGCUAUUAGUAAUUGACGAUGGCUCGCCAGAUAAAGCGAUAUACUUGGUAGACAUACAAUGCAAAAAUAGAACAACCAAAAAAUGGACUGAAACAGUAAACGAAAACCCUUUGAUCAAAGUUUUCGUCAACAUAGAUUCUCAUGACUGUUUUUUACGAUUUGCACAAUUGGAGCUCUUUCGCAUCAUUGUACGUUACACUAACCACGAUGAAAACAACUGCUUCAGCUACACAGGGGAUCGCUCGACCAAUCCUCGGGGUAACGUUGUACACCGCUGGCUUAAAGAAAAGGACAUUAUCGUAUGGAAUAGACGACUGGUUUUUGGUCAACCUACAUUUCUGACACAUAAAGAGAGCAGUAUUAUUGAUCUUUUCAUGAGCAUUACUGUACUAUGCGAUCCAGAAAUGAGAAUCUUUACGGACAAACCCCUCAGUUCCGAUCACAAGACGAUCUCUUUCUCUUUUAAAAGCAUUGCUCUCUAUCAACCGAUACAAGUACAACGAAUCAUAUGGAAUCUUGGAAAAUUGAAAGAACAAAAUGUUCGCGACGCAUACACUCAACAAGUGCAGUCAACCUUGACCCGUCUUGAACUGUCAACUCAAUCUGUUUCCCACCAGGUUGAUGACAUAAAAAUAGCACAGAGACGUAUAGAAGAGCUCAACCAUCUUAUAUAUCAAAUCAUAUAUGACUCACUGGAUGCUACUUUCGGUCGGGUUACUUCAAGCUACAACUACUGA